GAUGGACUCCGUAUCAGUCAGCGGGGGCGGUAGUUACGCCGGCGUGGGCGGCGCGGGGGGCGGGGGCCACUACGGCACAUACGGCCACUACGCCGCUGCCGCGUACCCCCCACAACCCACUUAUAUGGUGGACGCUUCGCAGGUCCCCCCUUAUAUGGCACAGGAAUAUGUGGAAGGCGGCGGUAGUGCGUCGCCUCGGAGCGCUUCUCCCGGAGCUCUUCCGCAGCACAAUUUGCAUCUGCAGCAAAGGUAAGCACAGCAAUACAUAGUUUAAAUAAAUAAGUUUUAAAUACACUGCUAAAUUUAGAAGUGGUCUUAUAAACGGGCAUUGCGUACUGGUUAAUUUGUUUUCAAUUGGUGUGGGUACUUUCAGCUAUUCGAUCUGCACGCAUUUAUCGAUAUACAAUAUAAAUUUUAUCGAUAUUUGCAAAUAAUUU